AUGAUCCAACACAUCACCCGUCGGACGGUGCAACAUGCCCCGGCCUUCAUCAAGCGCGCGCAGGAGGACCACCCACAGCUGCAGAUGCCCACCUGGGGCGCUGCGAUACUGAUCGUGACCUUCAUUGCGUCUAUGCUGGCUAUCACGCUGGUCCAAUACACGCUCACAGAUGUGCUCCCCAUGCUCGCCAUGGUCGAGACCCCCGCCGCCGCAAUCACGGUAUCCAACCACGACGAGCCCGCUUCCAAAGAUGAAAAGGAAGGCCUCCUAGAGACCGGUACCGAAAUUACUCUUGUCCACCAGAAGCCCAUCACCUCGUCGAUCCGCGCUACCAUCCGCCACCUCACCGCAGAGGCUGGCAAGUUCGCUCGAUGGAGGGGAUUCCGCUACCAGAUGAUCUACGCUCUUGCGCUUGGCUGGAUGACCAGUCUGCUCGAGGCCUUCUUCCCGCGUUUCCUCCCCAUCAGCACCGUCUUCAUUGCCGCCAUCGCUGGCGCCGCUACCGCGAACCUGCACGCCGCAUGGACUCACAAGGUCAUCUCCACGCCCAGCGACGUAAGCUUCUGGAGCCGCAUCCCCAGCCGUAAGCAGUGGAAGGCCCUCGCGCUCCCCGCUGCCGUCGCCGCAACCAUGCCGUACAUCUCGCUCUUCCUCUCCAUGGGAUUCGUGUCCUGGUUCGGUCUCGAACGUGAGAUUCGCCGCAACGACUUCGACGCCUACAAUGGCGGACAAUGGGCGUCGUUCAUCUUCCGCUGGGUUGCCGUGGUCGCCAUCUCCGUGUGCUGCACUCUCUUCCUGUGCAUGCCCGCUGUUGUUACUCAGAUCCGCGUCGAGGCCUCGAUCCUGCCCGAGGACCAGGACACCAUUGUACCUUUUGACCGCACCUUUGGCGGCAAGGUCGUCGCCAAGGUUCUCGGCGGAACCGGCUGCGUUAGCUUCAUGGAUGCUUGGAGGAGCUUCAACUGGGAGGCUCGUCGCAGGCUGAUCAAGCUCUACAUCAAGGGCUUCGUGUGCAUUGCCGCGCUUGCCUUUGUCCUUGUUCACGUCUUGGCCUUUGAGGUGUUCGCCAUCAUGGGCCCGGAGGUGGGCAAGUUCCUUGCCAAGGCUCACAAGGAGGGCGUGCAGUUCUAA